AUGGAACGUGAGUAUAUGGAGAAGAUCAACACUUACUGUCAAAAGCAUAAAUUUACACUGGUUUAUGCUGACGUCGGGAGAACCGGCCCAUCUCACGAUCCUGAGUUCACAGUUGUGGUUAAAAUAAAUGAUGAAGAAUAUGGUAUAGGCACUGGUAAAAAUAAGAAGGUAGCAAAAGCGGUAGCUGCAAAAAAAACUUGGGAAAUGAUUGAGAAACAGCCAGAGUCUCCUUCAAAUAUGGAAGCUGCAGAACUAUUGACAACUCCAGUGACCUUGUUACCUGUAUCAGCCAGCGACUACGUCAGCAUGCUAAAUAUGUAUUCACAAAAGGCAUUGCAAAUAGUUGAUUAUCCUUUCAAAGAGCGUACUGGAGACGCCCAUGCUCCUAUAUUUUCCUGUAGCUGUACAAUUAAUGGGGCUGUGUAUGGAAUUGGCACCGGACCUUCUCUAGCUGCUGCAAAACAAGCCGCUGCAAAACAAGCGGUUGAGAAGCUAAUGAAGGAAGGCUAUCUAACAAUGGGAAGAGAAAAAUCUACUGGCAAUUCUACGUUUAGUGAACAUAGUAAUUCCUCUCGAGUGCCAACUCAGUCUGACUUGGAUAACAACAGUAUAUGCUUUAAAGACUCAACUCCAAAAUUGGUAGAAAAAAUGAAUGACUUGGCAGUACGUAAAAAGCCUUCACCUUUUGAGAAAGAUUCACAACGUUUUGCCCUGAAAUCCAAAAGAAAAUUGGCAGCUAAUUUUGAUAAUGCAAGAAACAAGGAAGACAAAAAAAAUAUGUCAGAUUCAGAUGAAAAUUUGCCAGAGUUGGACAUAAAUACCAGUGAGGAGAAUAAAAAUCCAUACACUGUGAAUAAACG